UUUUUUUUCUCAGUCUUUUUUUUGUUCAUGUCUUCACAAAAAGAAGAACUUUUUAUUCCACGAUCAGAAUGGCCUUUUACAGAGGUACUUCCGGAAGAAUAUACAAGAACUUUAGAAACCACUCAAGUCUAUGUUACUACAGUUGAACCAAAAUCUACUAACCAAUUACUAAAAUUCAUUCAAAAAUAUCUACCUCCUUUACAACAACUUGAACACUGUAAAAGAAUUAAACGAUCAAAACAGAAUCCAGAUUCCCUUGUUUUGACUACGAUUCUUUGUACUUGUGAUAGUAUGGACUUAUCUUCCUUAAAGAAUCUUGCAACACAACACAAUAUCGAUAUUGAUCCACAACAAAUAGGUGUCCCUCGUUAUCCACCAAAGAACAAACGCCAAUUUGAGCAAUGGAAUCCAGUUUGGCCUGUUACUUAUAGAGAAGACCCUCGUCAACAUCCAAAGUGGACCCAGCAAGAUCUCGAUUUGAUACAAGAUCAUAUGCGACAGUUGAUGACAGCAACUAUUGAUCAUGAUUCUUCUUGUCUUGAUGUAAGAGCUCGUAUUGUCGAUCCAAAAUCAAACACAGUCUUGGCCCAAGCAACUGAUACAAGACAUUUAGGCCAUCCAUUGCAUCAUGCUAUUAUGAACUGCAUCGAUCUGGUUGCUCAAAAGGAACGACAGAAUAAACAACAACAAAAGGAUGAGGUAGAUGGACUCAAAAGGAAACAUAUGGAUGAUGACAAUGCUUUGGAUGAUAAUAUAAAUGAUCGAUCAACAACCUAUCUAUGUAGCGGAUAUGAUAUGUAUGUCACGCAUGAACCUUGUGCAAUGUGUGCAAUGGCACUUGUACAUUCAAGAAUAACACGGGUCUUUUAUAGUGUUCCUACGAAAACUGGUUGUCUUGGUACUCUCUAUCAUAUUCAUUCUCAUUCAAGUCUCAAUCAUCAUUACAAAACAUUCAAGGAUUUAUUACUAAAUGAUACAGCUCGCAUACCCUUUACACAUUUCCCUGAUCCAUUGGAUGCCUAGAAUAGAAAGAAUAAACCAUAACUAUUAAUAUAUAUAUAUACAUAUAUUUUGUACUUUUGCCAUUCCUCACAUAUACAUAGACACAUACUUCAUUGUUUUUAUUCAAUAUAGAAAAAUAAAUACAUAAUAU